UCUGUUAUAAGCCAGAUGUGAUCUCAUUAUUGGAACAAGGAAAAGAGCCCUGGAUAUUGAAGAAGGAGGGAACAAGAGGCGUGUGCCAUGAUUGGGAGUAUGUAUUUAAAAACAGUGAAUUUUCAUCAAAGGAAGAUAUUUAUGAAGAACCAGCCAGAGUAGUGACAAUGGGAAGAAGCCAUCUUAGGUGUAGCCUUGAUUGUCCUAAUUUUAAAGAAGACUGUGAAAGUGAGGAGUGGCUGAAAAACAAGUUAAGAAGUCAGGAGAUACAUUUUAAUGAAUUGAUCAUCUCUCGUAAAGAAUUCCUCCCUGAAGAUCAACGUAAUGGGUAUAAUAAAUCUUGGCAAACAUUCCAUAAGGAUGCAAUACUAGAUAUACAACAGAAUUUCCCCACCACAGAAAGAGGACAUAAGCAUGAGCCACAAAAGAGAAGUUACCAAAAAAAAUCAGUUGAAAUGAAACACAAGAAGGUCUAUGUGGAAAAGAAGCUUUUGAAGUGUAAUGAAUGUGAGAAGGUCUUCAACCAGAGCUCAUCUCUCACUCUCCACCAGAGAAUUCAUACAGGAGAGAAACCCUACGCAUGUGUUGAGUGUGGGAAAUCCUUCAGCCAGAGUGCAAACCUAGCACAACAUAAGAGAAUACAUACUGGGGAGAAGCCUUAUGAAUGUAAAGAAUGUAGGAAGGCCUUCAGCCAGAAUGCUCAUCUCGCUCAACACCAGAGAGUUCAUACUGGAGAGAAACCUUAUCAGUGUAAUGAAUGUAAAAAAGCCUUCAGUCAGAUUGCACAUCUGACUCAACAUCAGAGGGUUCACACUGGAGAGAGACCGUUUGAGUGUAUCGAAUGUGGAAAGGCUUUUAGUAAUGGUUCAUUUCUUGCUCAGCAUCAGAGAAUUCAUACAGGAGAGAAACCUUAUGUGUGUAAUGUGUGUGCAAAAGCAUUUAGCCAUCGGGGAUACCUAAUUGUACACCAAAGAAUUCAUACUGGAGAGAGACCCUAUGAAUGUAAGGAAUGUAGGAAAUCCUUUAGCCAAUAUGCACACCUUUCUCAACAUCAGAGAGUUCAUACUGGGGAAAAACCUUAUGAAUGUAAAGUCUGUAGGAAAGCCUUCAGCCAGAUUGCAUACCUUGAUCAACAUCAGCGAGUUCAUACUGGAGAGAAACCCUAUGAAUGUAUUGAAUGUGGGAAGGCCUUCAGCAAUAGUUCAUCACUUGCACAACAUCAGAGAAGUCAUACUGGGGAAAAACCCUAUAUGUGCAAAGAAUGUAGGAAAACAUUUAGCCAGAAUGCAGGCCUUGCUCAACAUCAGAGAAUUCAUACUGGAGAGAAGCCUUAUGAAUGCAAUAUUUGUGGGAAAGCCUUUAGCUAUAGUGGAUCUCUUACUCUACAUCAGAGAAUUCAUACUGGAGAGAGACCCUAUGAAUGUAAAGAUUGUAGGAAAUCUUUCAGGCAGCGUGCACACCUUGCUCAUCAUGAGAAAAUUCAUACUAUGGAGUCAUUCUUGACCCUUUCCUGUCCCUCACCCUCCACUUCCAAUCAGUUGCCAAGAGCUGUAGGUUUUAUCUCCUAAUUGUGUCUGGAUUCUGACCCAGUUGGCCCAUGUUUAUUUUAUUUCCUGUGUCCAAUACAUACUAAUUUGCUUAAUGUGGAAUAUGGAAAUAGCUUUCUAAUUGGUCUUCUUGUACUCACCCUUUGCCUC